AUUCACAAUCACCUAAGUACCUAGUGGUAUACAACUUUCUCGAUAUACGUAAAUUUCUAAACAUCCUUCCAUCAACCAGUCCAUAUAGUGUGGAUGAAGCAGUGAGCACGGAAGACGAAAGAAGCGGAGACGCUUAUGGACUAUGGUAAAAAUAAAUAAGAGCCAAGCACACGACAUCCGAACUUGUCUAUAGCAUCUACUAUAUGCUACUGAUUUUAUCACCUCAUCAGCGCGCCGAAGACAUGGUACUUUCGGCGAUUAGUGUACCGGUCCGUUGCGCCUUCGAGCGGCGAGGACUAAUGAGCGUAAGUGGAUGAGGUUAGGUUACAUUUGUAUAUGUCGAGAUCCAAUCAUAUGGCAGCAAUCGGCACAUGGGAUCUUCAGCCUAGUUUUCUAGAUAUAGUAUGUACUGCGCUCUCGCCUCGUCGCACAACACUACAAAACAUUACACAUACAAGCAAUAGAGUAAAGAUGAAGACUUGCCAACAAAAUUGCGUUAUACUAAUACCUUUAGCGGAUACAUAUGAAUUGGCUUGCUACUAAUACAGAUAAGCCCUGAAGUCAAAUUGGGUUCGGUCAGCUCAAGUGGUGAAUCAGCGAUAUUCAAAUACUUCGGGCGAUGAUUCAUAAUGCUACUUGAGUUUAAAAAAAAUAAGAAUAAAAAAUAAACUAGUAGCUUAGAUCCCUAAGCCUCGGUGUUGAGUUCGAUUUUUUUUUCCAAUGCUACGGUAGAGAAUGGUCGGCCAUCGCAUAUUACAGUCCCUAUCGCCGAAGAAAAUCCAUCGCGACGAGGCAAGAAAUCGGCUUUCUGGUAUCGAGCAAGGCGAAAGUGACAACGUCGCUUACUGCGAGGAAGGAGAAACGGAAGAACAAGACAGACUACUCACAUCUAGUCACGAUAGCGUAGAUGUGACAGAAAAAGCACAAGCAGUUGGCCAACGUCGAUCACGAUGGUCGGUCAUUGCCUUUACUCUCGCUUGUAUCGGCAGUAUUUUAUCUUUGGCAUGGGUAACGCUAUCACUGGAUAUUCCCCAUCCCGAGAAACCGUCUCCUCUAGCAGUAGCACAAAGCAUUCCUCUUCGCCGUCCGGACGAAGACUACAUAUUGGAUCCCAACUGGGACUUUGAAGCCCCGAACCAAGUGCGGAAAUAUGACUGGCUUAUCAUCGACAAGGAUGGUGAACCAGAUGGAGUUUUAAAGCCAAUGAUAACUAUAGACGGCCAGUUCCCCGGGCCGCUAGUCGAGGUCAACGAGGGCGACGUUAUCGAAGUUAACGUUCACAACAAUGCCUCCAACGCCACUGCUAUUCACUGGCACGGAAUCUUUCAGAACGGUACGAACUGGAUGGACGGAGCUGCGGGCGUUACUCAAUGUCCCAUUGUUCCUGGCGCUUCGUAUCGUUAUAGGUUCAACGUUACCGGGCAAUCUGGCACUUAUUUCUAUCAUGGCCACCAGGGCGUCCAGGCCUUAAGUGGACUCGUGGGACCUCUCGUGAUCCAUGGUCGAGACGAAGCAACGCAUGAUAAGCCUGUCCCCUAUUCGUCAGACCGCGUAGUCUUACUCCAGGACUGGUACUACGAUUUAGAUAGUGGACUCAUGCGAGACGUGCUAUCUCCGGGCGUCGAGGAUGCGCCGAUACCCAAUACGGCUUUGAUUAACGGCGUGAACCAAGCUGACUGCUCGGAUCAUCCCAAUAGAAAGUGUUCAGAACUGCAGAGGCCUCUUCCCAGCUUGGAUCUAGCCUCUGGCGAGGGCCAUAGACUACGAUUUCUGAACGUUGGGGGGUUCGCCUGGCUCCAGGUUGCAGUAGAUGGGCACGAUUCCCUACCGAUUAUCGAAGUAGACGGUACUACUGUCGAGCCUGUAGCUGGGUCCUCGCUAGUAAUCGCCCCAGGGCAACGGUACAGUACAGUCUUGACGGCAGAUCGGCCCGGAAGCGAAGCAUUCUGGCUUCGAGCCAGGAUGAUAACUUCCUGCUUUGCCAGUCAUACGCUUCCAGAGAAUGGCAUUGACGAGGCGAAAGCCAUUGUACGCUACCAUGCUGAUAAAAAGAGGGAUGAUGACCACACGUCCCCUCCUCCCCUGCCAACUACGGCUUCACACCUUGAAUACCUCCCAAUAUGUAAAGACAUGAGCUCCACAACCUCCUUUUCUCCCUCCCCAGCACAACCAGCCCCCAUGUCCGCCGACCACUCGUGGUACUUGCGCGUUAAUCUCGCCAUCGGAGACUGGCGCUUACAACGCGGCGUCAUGAACUCGUCCUCGUUCCGCCCGGACCCGACAUCCCCAACGCUCCACCGCAUCCUCGACGGCCUCGCGCAAAACAACGAGUCCUUCGCGCGAACCGGCAUCCUCGACACCGCGUUCGACCCGGCCUCCGAGCUCGUCAUCUCCCACAACGGCGGCGCCGGAGCCGACGUCGUCGAUAUCAUUCUGCAGAACAUGGACGAGAACAGCCACCCGUUCCACCUGCACGGCGCGCAGACCUGGGUCCUCGGCGCCGGCCACGGCUACUUCCCGGGGUACGCGGCUCUCGGGCUCCGGCCCGAGGGGAAGGGGCUUCUCGACCCUGCGAACUCGAGCGCCGCCGCCGUCGUCGUCGAUAACCCGCUGAAGCGCGACACGGUGGCGGUCGAGGGUUUCGGGUGGGCGCUGCUGCGGUUCGUCGCGGACAACCCGGGCGUCUGGCUGUUCCACUGCCACGUCGUCUGGCACUCGGAGGCCGGGAUGGCGAUGCAGUUCCUCGCCCGCGCGGAUGUCAUGAGGCGCUGGGAGUUGCCCGAGGACGCGAGGAGGCUGUGCGAGUUCCCGGACGAGGAGCUGAGGAAGGGGGCUCCGCCGAAGGAUGAGGUGUUUUUUCCUCGGGUUGGAGAAUGACGGAGAGGGGUGAGGAAGUCUACCUCCUAACCUAACCUACUUGAAAUAUACGACAGGGAUGUUUCGAAAGCUUAAAAGGACCAUUUAGAUACCUACGAUACCCCCUAUAGUAUAAGGUAUAUAUACCUUGCUUUACAUAUUCUAUUAUAUAUACCAGGUACCUAAUGUACCUAAUCAGAAUCUUUUCCAAGUUUCCAAUAUCAAACCAUUCUAUUUACAAGAGAUUACAACGAAGCAGACCUACUAGGUGGGUAUUCGCGAUUUAUAUUCUAGUAAAAUAUGGC